AUGAAAGUCAAGGUAUUGAGUCGGAAUCCAGAUAAUUAUUUGCGAGAGACAAAACGGGAUAUCCAAAAAGUGCCUCGGAAUUAUGAUCCGAAUCUUCAUCCUUUUCAAUCAUCACGUGAAUAUGUUCGUGCUCUUAACGCAGUGAAAUUGGAACGAGUUUUUGCUAAGCCAUUUAUUGGUAACUUGGAUGGACAUCGUGAUGGUAUAUUUUGCAUGGCUAAACAUCCUAAAUCUCUAUCAACAAUAGCCAGUGGUUCUUAUGAUGGUGAAGUACGACUUUGGAAUUUAACAAAAAAAAAAUGUAUUAAUAGUAUCAAUGGCCAUGACCGAUUUGUUCGUGGAUUAUGUUUUAACCCCGAUGGUACAAGGUUGUUUAGUGUUGGAGAUGAUUCUACUAUUAAAGUUUGGAAUACAGAAGAAUUUGACACACCAUCUCAUACAUUCAUAUCUCAAUCUGUUUUAUAUGGUAUUAGUUGUCAAUGGUUAGACGAUAAAGUAUUUGCAACUUGCGGUGAUGUAGUACAAUUAUGGGACAUUACUAGAAGUCAACCAACAUCAACUCUGAAAUGGGGUGUUGAUAGUUUACAUCAUAUAGCUUUUAAUCCAAUUGAUACAAAUGUCUUAGCAUCAUGUGCAAGUGACCGCAGUAUAAUUCUUUAUGACACUAGAGAAGUAAAACCAAUGCGGAAAGUAAUAAUGAAACUCAAAACUAAUCAGUUAGCAUGGAAUCCCAUGGAAGCAUAUGUGUUUACUGCUGCCAACGAAGACUAUAAUUGUUAUUCUUAUGAUACACGGAAAUUAGAAUCUCCAAUAAAUGUGCAUAAAGAUCAUGUUGCUGCUGUUACUUGUAUAGAUUAUGCACCAACUGGUUUAGAAUUUGUCACUGGAAGUUAUGAUAAAACCAUAAGAAUUUUUGAAAGCCAUCAUGGGCAUUCAAGAGAAAUCUAUCAUACUAAACGUAUGCAACAUUUGACUAGUGUAAUUUGGUCAUUAGACAAUAAAUUUGUUUUAAGUGCAUCUGAUGAAAUGAAUAUAAGAAUUUGGAAAGCUAAUGCUUCAGAAAAAUUAGGAACAUUAAGACCACGUGAAAGAACAGCUUUAGAAUAUAAUGCUACAUUGAAAGAAAAGUUUGCUGCUCAUCCACAAGUAAAAAGGAUUGCUAGACAUAGACAAGUACCUAAACACGUCUAUCAUGAACGUAAUCAACAAUUGGAAUCUAAGAAAAAACUUAAAAGAAAGGAAGAAAAUAUCCGCAAACAUUCAAAGAAAAAUAGUAUUCCAUACGUCUCCGAAAAAAAGAAAAAUGUUAUUUCCGAAGUUGUUUAAACUUAUUAUUCUUGUUUAUUUUAAGGUUUUAUCAAAUGUACAUAAUAUUUUCAUUGAAUUAUAACUUCAAUAACAUAA